CGAAAGUACGUGCCAGACAGAAAGUAAACACGGCCGUUUAGCACCAACUCAUCUGCAGAAAUGGACUUAUCAGCUCGUUUUUUCACUAAGCUACGAACAUUAGCGGUGUCAUUGGAGACCGAAACUGCAAGUCUUCAGCAUGCACAUCAAAACUUCGACGAAGAGGGGAGCACAGAGUGUGCUGUGCGACUUCUUCACGAGCUGCACUCCGAGGUACGGGACUUGAAGAGGGAAGUAGGCGACCAAAUUUCCCAUCAGCAAGCAAAGGAGACUGAAACCAGGAACUUUAUAAAGGCGUGCAUGGUGCUCAAGCAGAGGAGCACUGAGGACAUCCAGAGACUUCAACGAUACUAUGAAAAAUACGGCUACCAAGCUCCCAAGAAUGUACACAAAUGUUCAGUGGACACAAGGCAAGAUACAGAAGAUCCUUCUGAAGAGGAUGAGGAGGAAGAGGAAGGGAAGGUAGGAGAGGAGGAGCAGCAGAUACCGCCAGUGACUCCCAUGAAGGUACCCCCUCCUCCCACCAGUGACCCCAUGCGAACACCACAGCUCUCUGACUUCGGCCUGUCAGAGAUCCACCUGAAGAACGUUCUGGGCGUCUCAGGGUUUUCUUGUGACCCCGUCCCCAUGCCUGUGAUGCCACUCCCAUACCCCUCCACGACCAGGACCGUGCAUCUUCCCACGCCCAAAACGCCCAAGUGCACCCUGCGCAUGGACGAGGACGACCUGCUGACCCCCCGCAUGGAGGACUUGGGGAUCUCUGAGGACACCAUGUGCCUCAACAACGACUUUACCAUGGACUUGCAUCGCAAGCAUUCUUCAAAGACCCUGAGCUCGUCGGCAUCCUCUGGUCUGAAAGCGAGAACGUGCCCGGUCCUCUCCACCACACCCUUGAACCCUGACCUGCACAGCUUUGCUUCCGACGAGGGCAUGAAGACUCCAGAGCCACCUGAGUUUUGCACUCCGGGUUUUAUGAUCACCAAGUCGCACGGAAGCUCCUCUCCUUCUCCCCCGGAACCGACGGGCGACAUGUGUCCCAGCCCCGAGAUCCCUGCAUUCCAGACCCUCUGCAAAACUAGAAAGGAUGACAGGGGGUAUCCAGCCUCCAGCAGGGGCUAUCACAAGGCCUGGGAGUAUGAGGUCCCGGAGAUGACCAUUGGAUGUCCAGAGGACAAACACACACCAGAGACGCCAAGCCUGGAGUCAUUUAUAGGCAGCUCUUUAUCCGGUAGGGGUGUAGGAGGGAAUGAAGCAGUGGGUGAGUGUGAGAUGGGUUCUGGAGGGCCCGGUACACCCUGCGGUCUGGAGCAGGACUGUCCCACCCAGGAGUUCAACCUGUGCAGCCCCAGGGUGCGAAAGGAGUACCCUGAGCCCAGAACCCCUGAGAUGCCUGACUUCAGCUCGGUCACACAAGACAUCUGUAAAAUGGUUUCCCGGAUGAAGAAACCUCCCCCUGCAGGGAUCCAGUCACAGACCAGACCCACAGGAAAGGAGAACAGGAGAGGCCAGGGUAUGUCUGUGGUGUCAGAGCAAGAGUUCCUGAGUCUGCCCAGCUACCUGAGGCAGAUAUCUCUGUCCAGCCUCAACCAGACCAUCCAUCAAAUCAACAGUGCUGCAGAGAAGCAGCUCUGUGGCGGAGGUGCUGCAGUGUUUCUGAUGGAGGAGCUGAAGUCCAUCACAGGCACGGGCACCAAGGCCCCCUUGUACUUCCUGUGUCUGAAGGAGCUGAAGAGGCUGGAGCACUUGCAGGAUGUGGGGACCGCCGCCACGUACAGAGUCCUGACACACAUCUGACCCCUCCACAUCUAGAGGAGCUUACUGGCUGAGCCAGUCUCCCCACAAGAGGAUGCAUGACUGUAUUACUCCAUGUUGAUACUUUGUUUCUACUUACAGUAUGUGAGCUCAAAUCUGUCCAGCCUUUUUUAGUGUGUGCGUCUAAGAAAUGUGUAUAGACAUCUACCAAUAAAUGCAAUAAUAAGUCAAA